CCGCGGCACCCAAGCCUGGGCUCACCCCAAGACUAAGUUCUUUUCCAAAUUAGAGAGGGAGAGAGAAAGGGACAAAAGAGAGGCGUGUGCCCCCUUCCCCUCCUCCCUACCCGUCAUGUCCUCUAAGCCGGAACCAAAGGACAUCCACCAGCUGAAUGGGACUGGCCCCACUGCCUCACCCUGCUGUACAGAUGACCCCGGACGAGAGCCUUUGGCCGGGACCUCGGAGUUCCUGGGUCCUGAUGGGGCUGGGGUGGAGGUGGUGGUGAUUGAGUCUCGGGCCAACGCCAAGGGGGUUCGGGAGGAGGACGCCCUGCUGGAGAACGGGAGCCAGAGCAACGAAAGUGACGACGUCAGCGCAGACCGUGGCCCUGCACCACCCUCCCCACUCAAGGAGACCUCGUUUUCCAUCGGGCUGCAAGUGCUCUUUCCCUUCCUCCUGGCAGGCUUUGGGACUGUGGCUGCUGGCAUGGUGUUGGACAUUGUGCAGCACUGGGAAGUCUUCCAGAAGGUGACAGAAGUCUUCAUCUUGGUGCCUGCGCUGCUGGGGCUCAAGGGGAACCUAGAAAUGACCCUGGCCUCAAGACUGUCCACCGCAGCCAACAUCGGGCACAUGGAUACACCUAAGGAGCUCUGGCGGAUGAUCACCGGGAAUAUGGCCCUCAUCCAGGUGCAGGCCACAGUGGUGGGCUUCCUAGCAUCCAUCGCAGCCGUCAUCUUUGGCUGGAUUCCUGAUGGUCACUUCAGUAUCCCGCAUGCCUUCCUGCUCUGUGCCAGCAGUGUGGCCACGGCCUUCAUCGCCUCCCUGGUACUGGGUAUGAUCAUGAUUGGGGUCAUCAUUGGCUCUCGCAAGAUUGGGAUCAACCCAGACAAUGUGGCUACGCCCAUUGCUGCCAGCCUGGGCGACCUCAUCACCUUGGCUCUGCUCUCAGGCAUCAGUUGGGGACUCUACCUGAAACUGGAGGGCUGGCGAUACAUCUACCCGCUGGUGUGUGCCGUCUUCGUGGCCCUGCUGCCUGUGUGGGUGGUGCUGGCCCGGCGGAGCCCAGCCACAAGGGAGGUGUUGUACUCGGGCUGGGAGCCUGUCAUCAUUGCCAUGGCCAUCAGCAGUGUGGGAGGCCUCAUCUUGGACAAGACGGUCUCAGACCCCAACUUUGCAGGCAUGGCUGUCUUCACACCUGUGAUUAAUGGUGUUGGGGGCAAUCUGGUGGCAGUCCAGGCUAGCCGCAUCUCUACCUUCCUCCACAUGAAUGGGAUGCCAGGGGAAAACUCCGAGCAAGCUCCUCGCCGCUGCCCCAGUCCUUGUACCACCUUCUUCAGCCCUGAUGUGAAUUCGCGCUCGGCCCGGGUCCUCUUCCUCCUUGUGGUUCCAGGACACCUGGUGUUCCUCUACACCAUCAGCUGUAUGCAGGGCGGGCAUACCACCCUCACCCUCAUCUUCAUCAUCUUCUACAUGACAGCUGCACUGCUCCAGGUGCUGAUUCUUCUUUACAUCGCAGACUGGAUGGUGCACUGGAUGUGGGGCCGGGGCCUGGACCCAGACAACUUCUCCAUCCCGUACUUGACAGCUCUGGGGGACCUGCUGGGCACUGGGCUCCUAGCACUCAGCUUCCAUAUCCUCUGGCUCAUUGGGGACCGGGACACAGAUGUUGGGGACUAGUUUGGUCACUCAGCCUUAUCCCCACCCCUCUGCACUUUCUAUUUGAA